GUUUUGUUAUCUCAUGGCACAAGGAAAUAAUCAUGGCACUGCACACACUGUGUUUCCUUUCUUUGUUACUGGUUUUCUCCACGUCGGCUGAAUCAAUCACAAACCAUGACAGAUUCAUUCAGUUAGAAGUUUUGGUAAAAGAUCUUCUUAAGAUGGUUGAAGAAGAACGGGAAAUCAACGUGCUACAGAAUAUUAAGAUGGCCACACUUGAAAACAUUUUGGUGGAGCAUGAGGAAAAAUAUAAGAAGGAGCUGUUCGAAAAUGCUGAAUUGAAAAAGAGAGUUUUUGAUCUUGAAAUCAAAAUCAGUAGCAUGGACACUAAGGAUACUGAAAUCCAAAAAGGAUAUACGCAAUCAAAAGAAUUAUUAAAUUAUCCAAUCAAAUCACCGGACAAUUUCAAAAAUAAUGCAUUGAAUGUUACAAGAGGAAUUUCUGCAAGUUCCGUUCAAUCGCAAUCUUCUUUAGUUUUUCGUGGUAUUUUGAAGAAGAUAGCUGUAUCAAAUGAACCCAGACUAGAUCAUGUUCGGUCUUCUGGAAAGCGAUUAUUGACAGGCACGCCUUCUACUCCUCCGCCUGUGGGGGUAGCAUUUUCAGCAUAUGUGAAAAAGCAUGAAACCCAUUUAACACAGGAUCACACAAUCCUAUAUGAUGGCAUCGUUACCAACAUUGGCGGACAUUAUAAUCCACAUACUGGGGCCUUCACAGUCCCCAGCCAUGGUGUAUACGUAUUCACCUGGAACCUAUAUUGUGAUAGAAAUGGAUUUAUUUUCUCUGAAAUCGCAGUGAAUUCCCGCCAAAUAGGUAGCAUGUACACGUCAUGCGAGGGGUCAGCAAAUAUUCGCACAACCACUGGUAUUGUGGUGGCUGAAGUCAACAAGGACGAUGUAGUGUUGGUUCGAACACACCCCACACAUGGCUAUUCGGGAAAUCUCUAUAGUGACAUUGACUGGAGAUCGACCUUCAACGGCUGGCUAUUGUUUUGA